AUGAAGCCUGGGACGUCGCGUGAAAUCCCGAGCGGCGCGGGGUUCCCCAAACCGGCCGGUAAACGGGAGAAGACACCGGGGGAGGAGGCGGAGGGCGGCGAGCGGAGCUCCGUCAUGAUGGAGCGGAGAGGAGGGGACGAAGACUCCGCGGAGGAGCCGAGAGAGACCUGUGAGAACCCGGGUGGGACCGGAGGGGACGAGGACGAGUUGGACCCGAGGAUUCAGGCGGAGCUGGAGCAGCUCAACCAGGCCAGCGACCAGAUCAACCAGCUGGAGCUGCAGCUGGAUGACGCCCGGUCCAGCUACCGGAGGGUCCUCACCGACUCGGCCCGGAGGCUCAACGCGCAGGGCUCCCAGUUCGGUGCCUGCAUCGAGAAAGCAAGGCCCUACUAUGAAGCCCGCAGACUGGCCAAAGAGGCUCAACAGGAGACCCAGAAGGCAGCGCUGAGAUAUGAGAGGGCUGUGUCCAUGCACAGCGCAGCCAGGGAGAUGGUGUCUGUGGCGGAGCAGGGCCUCCUGGCGGACAGGAACACCAUGGACCCCACCUGGCAGGAGAUGCUCAACCACGCCACCGCCAAGGUGAACGAGGCGGAGGAGGAGCGGCUCCGCGGCGAGCGGGAGCACCAGCGUGUCACGCAGCUCUGCCGGGAGGCCGAGGCGCGAGUGCAGAGCCUCCAGAAAGCCCUGAAGAAGGUCCUCCUCAAGUCCAAGCCCUACUUUGAACUCAAGGCCCAGUUCAACCACGUCCUGGAGGAGCACAAGGCGAGCGUCGUGCAGCUGGAGGAGCGCGUUGCCACGGUGAAGUCGCGCUACUCGGUGGCCCUCAGGAACCUGGAGCAGAUCAGCGAGCAGAUCCACACCCAGAGGGGGCGGGACCGAGCCAGCGGGGGGCGCCCCGCGGUCUGCGGGGGGCGGAGCUCCCCCGUCGGUGCCGAGGCCGAGGUCAGAGGUCACAUCGGGAGGAGCUGUGCGGGAUUCGGCGGAGUCGAGAGCAACUGGGCGGACGGAGAGAAAACCCGGCUGUGGGUGGAGAGGCACCGAGAGAGUGGGUGGGGCCAGAGGGAGCGGCAGGAGGCGGAGCCAGACCGCGUGUCGGUCAUCGGCCCGCAGGCCGUCGCCACGGACCUGGACGCGUGUGACUCGGUGGAACACCUGGGAGACAUGAGCGGAGCUGGCAGCGCCGUGGGGGAGGGGUGGGGCCGCAAGCAGGAGCCAAUCGGCACGGAGAAAACGACCACGCGGGAGAAGGGAGGGGCUAGCUUCACCAAGCAGCACCACAGGAGUGUUAGUCUAUGACGAGGAGGAGGAAGCUGCUGAGUGAUGAAGAUGAAGAGGGGACAUGAGAGGAGAGACAUCAACGCCAUCCGGCACAGACAGGUACAGAGACACAGACAGGUACAGAGACACAGACAGGUACAGACAGGUACAGAGACACAGACAGGUACAGAGAGACAGACAGGUACAGAGACACAGACAGGUACAGACAGGUACAGAGAGACAGACAGGUACAGAGAGACAGACAGGUACAGAGACACAGACAGGUACAGAGACACAGACAGAUACAGACAGGUACAGAGACACAGACAGGUACAGAGAGACAGACAGGUACAGACAGGUACAGAGACACAGACAGGUACAGAGACACAGACAGGUACAGAGACACAGACAGGUACAGAGAGACAGACAUGUACAGAGACACAGACAGGUACAGAGAGACAGACAGGUACAGACAGGUACAG